CUGCACUAUCUCUAACUGGGGGACUCUGAUAAGGGAGCUGAAGGGUGAUAUUACCUUUGCUCUCUCACUGUAAUCUAAAGCAUUCUUAGCUUUUAGGUGGCCCCCACUGGCUAACUUGCUGUGGAGUUGUCAAAAGCAUAGAAUCAUCCAUUUCACUAUCAAAAGAAGAUGCUGUUUAAUCCGAGGAUCCUGUUGAACAAUGCAGCUCUUAGGAAUGGUCACAAUUUCAUGGUUCGAAAUUUUCGGUGUGGGCAACCACUACAAAAUAAAGUACAACUAAAGGGUCGUGACCUCCUCACUCUAAAGAACUUUACAGGAGAAGAAAUUAAAUACAUGCUAUGGCUAUCAGCAGAUCUGAAAUUUAGGAUAAAACAGAAAGGAGAGUAUUUGCCUUUAUUGCAAGGGAAGUCCUUAGGCAUGAUUUUUGAGAAAAGAAGUACUCGAACAAGGUUGUCUACAGAAACAG